GUUAAGAGAAUAUGAUGAAGCAGUUCAUACAUUAUAACCAUUAGAAAAAAGUUUAUGAAAUUAAAUAGUGCUUUAGAACCUAAACAUUAAUGUUUAAAUUUAGCAUCUUUGGGAAUUCCUGAUUUUAUUGAUAAUUGUCUUAAAGCUAUUAAUGAAUUUAGAGAUAUUGAAAAGAAAGUAAGAAAGCCAACAGGAAUGAUUGAAGAUAUAGUAAAAUCAAUAGAAGAGGCUUAAAUAUUAAUGAAUGGAGAAGUUUAGUAUCAUACAUUCUACAGUUAAAUUAUAAGAAAUCCAAUUAUUACUAGAAUUGCUAUGUAAAUUGGUAUAAUAAGAGAGAAAGCUAGUGAUAAAGUUAAUAAUUUUAAGGACACAUGGGAAGAUUGCAAAAAGAAACUUACCUGCUAUGUGGAGAAAGAUUAGCACCAUUGCUACACCUGUCAAUGUUACAUAAUCAAGACAUAAUGAUAGUUUUAGAAGCUGAUUUAAGAAGUCAAGAACAUAUUAGUCACUGG